AUGUCGGCCGAGGGCGACAAAGUUCUCACUCCCGAUGAGGUAGAACCCAGCGUGCCAGCGGCUGAUGUAGAGUCCGCUGUAGCUGACGUAGGGCCCAAUGUUCCAGCGGGUGAUCAUCCCGAAAAGGACAAGGAGAAGGACUCCCCGCCGACGUCUCAAAUCGCCAGCGAUGCGCCCUUGAACCCGGCCGUGGAGAAAGACCACUCGAUCAAGGGCGUCGCGACCCGAAACCUGCCGCGCCACUUCUCGCGCGCAACCGUCGUCCAGCCCAAGUGGAUCCUGUACACCAGCGUGCUGCUCGGCGUCACGAUCUCCAUGCAGUACGGCUGGUCCACCUCGCAGCUCAACUACGCCAAGUUCAACAGCGAGAAAGAUUGCAACGCAUACGCCGCCGCGAAGGCAGUGGGCAAUUCGACGUCCCCGGAGUUUGAUAACAAGUGCACCAUGUUCCCGGGCCACACCAAGGCGCAGUGGACAGUGGUCGUGAACGCGUGGGUUGUGGGCGGCAUGGUCGGAGCGCUCGUGAUCGGCGUGAUCUCGGAUCGAAUUGGCCGCAAGCGCGCGCUCAUGUGCAACUGCGGCUUCAUUAUUGCAGGAGCUGCGAUUCAAGCCGCGGUGUCCAAUCUGUGGGCGUUUGCCUUCGGCCGCUUCCUGGCCGGUAUCGCGUCGGGCGCCAGCACGGGCUGCGUCGGCACGUACGUCAAUGAGAUCGCUCCGCCUCACCUCCGUUCCAAGCUCGGCAUCGGCCUCCAGGGCGGCAUCAACCUGGGUAUCGUCCUGGUCGACACCACGCACUUCUACCUGGGCUUCGACCAAGGCUGGCGCAUCAUCGCAGGCUUCCCGAUCGUCUUGGCGGCGCUGUUCCUGGGACUGUCGCACUUCGUGAUGGUCGAAUCCCCUGUUUGGCUCAUGCUCCACGGACACCGCAAGGAGGGCGAGAAGGUCCUUGUCCAGCUCUACGGCGAAGAGAACGUCAACGCCGCGCUCGCGUGGAUCAAGCCCAAGAAGAAACCGGUUGACGUGGAGAAGCAGGCGCCGUGCUGGAGCGAGCUGUUUGCCGUCGAGAUGCGCCGUCCGCUCGUGGUUGGCAUGGGCCUCGCCUGCAUGCAGAAGCUCACGGGUAUCAACUCCAUCUUCUACUACUCGUCCAGCCUCUUCGGUGGCGUUGGCGUGGCGGACGGCCGUGUCUGCAACAUCAUCGUGGCUAUCGUGAACCUGAUCCCCACGCUCUGCUCCGGCAUGGUCGCGGCCAAGUUCGGCAACCGCCCGAUGAUCCUCUUCAGUACCGUCGGCAUGUGCCUCAGCUCCAUCGGCAUCACGCUCUCCCUCUACUACGACGCCCCGCAAGCGACGGUCGCUCUUGCUGCCGCGUUCGUCUUCUCGUUCGCCAUUUGCCUCGGCCCCAUCAUGUUUGUGGUCGUCGCUGCUGUGGUCCCCGACCACGCGCGCGGUUCGGUCGUCUCCAUCGGCAUCUUCGUUGCUUGGGCCGCCAACCUGGUUGUCGGCAUCGGCUACCCGUUCCUGGCCACGGCGCUAGAGACCUACAAGUACGUCCCAUUUGCUGCCAUUUCCGGGUUCUCAACGGUCUUCGUGUACUUCUUGGUGCCGGAGACGUCGAACUUGACGACGGCCGAGAUCCAGGAGGUCUUCAAGAAGAUUCGUGGCAAUGGCCGCUUCUAA